CACUUCCGCUGACGUAACACAGCCGCCGACGAGGAGGAGGAGGCCGUCGCCGCCAUCGCAGAUCGCGCUUGUUAUUCCGCUUCCUCGGUCCGGGCGCGCCGGGUCAGAAAGCUUACGUUGACAGCAGUGAAAUGACUGAGCAGGUUACUUACCUAGAUGUUGACUCAAGUUUUCCUGGCUGUUAUCAUGGCUCGUGGGCAGCAGAAGAUACAAGCUCAGCAGAAGAAUGCCAAGAGGCAAGCUGAAAAGAAAAAGGGGGGAUCUGAUCAAAAAGCAGCAGCAAAAGCAGCACUUGUGCACACCUGCCCUGUCUGCAAGACACAGAUGCCAGAUCCUAAAACUUUCAAACAACAUUUUGAGAGUAAACACCCGAAAUCUCCUUUGCCUCCUGAAUUAGUUGAUGUACAGGCUUAAAAAGAAAAUAAGACUUGGAUAUGGACUUGGAAUUCUGCUGACAUGAUGCACUGAAUCAAUUACACAAGGCCUGGAAAAGAUGAAGGAUAUUUGAUUCUUCAACCUUUUCCCUUUCUACUUACUACUGAACUGUUGAUGUUUAUUCCUUUCAUGUUUUGGGGGCAAGGGAGCAUUGGAAUGAAGAUUUUUUUUUGUUCAGAAAUUACAAAGCUGCCAAUACUUCAAGUGAGCUGGGUGAGAAAGUGGUACUAAUCUAGUGAUAGACCAGUACUAAUAUUUACUUCUCUUCCAUUCACUGUUAUUAAGCACUGGCAUCAUUGUGAUCCUUGUACUGUUGGAGACAAAUGCAAAGCUGUAAUCUUAACUAUCUACAAUUAAUUGACUUUGUGGGAACCUCUCAGUGAAUGUUGUUGCUUUUACGAAUUUGGUUAGGUUAGUGUACUUGUCGCUAAUAAAAUACCUUGCUAAACACCAGGCUGAUCAUCUACAUUAGGGUAUGUAUCCAUUUGGCCUGUGUUCAGCACCUUCUUUGUAGAAGGGUCAUUGCAAUAUUAAAGUUUGUUCCCUUGUUGCAAUCUUAACUUGAAAAUCGAUAUCAAAACAUGAAGAUUUCUAAUGACAAUGGGGUCUUUCUCUCAAAAGUGGAUAUUUCCAAGAAUUGCAGAACAGUUUAAACUCAUAACCACUUUUCUCAAGUGCUUGAUUGCCUGAAAAAUAAGUUUUUAGCUGAGCUCCAUACAUUUUCUAUUGCAAGUCAUACUGUGGCAUCACUGAGUUUAAAAUGCAUUAAUGUGGAGCAAACAGUUGAAGAGCCACUGUCUCCUGAUGCAUAAAUGCUAAUAAAUGAAUGUGUUGGAGCUUUGUUUUCUAACUGUUGCUUUGCAGCUUAGAAUUGUAGCAUUAACAUCUUACAGCAAAGCUGGCAUGUUGGUAUGUGACAUGUCAAUUAACUCGUCAAUGGUUUUUUUGUCUAAAAUUUUAGUUUGAAGGGGUUUUUCAGAAAUAGUGAAACCGAUCCUUAAAUUGAGUCUUUCCUAUUUAAAAUCACAAUAGCUAAGAUUGCAAUAGCUUGUAUAUUCAACUAGUUCUGCUCCUAAUCCUUUAGCUGUUUUUCUGUAGCAAUCUUGCAUAGUCAUACACAUACAGUAUUGUGAUUUAUUGGAGCUCAUUGUAAUUUCUUUAAUAAAUAUCAGAAGCACAUUUUCUUGUAAA